AUGAUACUUGAUAAAGAGAGCUAAAUCCACAUCGAACUCAUCGGUGAAUCCACAAAGCAACCAAAGUAAAUGAGAUAAAAGCUGCUUGCUUCCUCUGUUGUUGCUUUAGCCACUGUUUUCAUUGCUUUCUAGACAUUAGGUAACGGAUAAAGUGAUCAAGUACUCCAAAAUCCAACCAAUCUUGCUUUGAAAGAAAUCAAUCUUGGAGAGUGGAAAAAACUAAACUCAUUCGGUUUGCUUUCUGGACCAAUCAAGAGUGUUCAUGUCUCUCCAAAAGGAGAUAUCUACGUGCUAUAAGAUCAAUAAUUCCCAUCAUAUUAAAGAUCAGCAAACUUUAGAAGGUACAGCUUCAAGUACGAUUCCUUUGAGGGCAGUUUACAGAAGUUUGCUCCAGCAUUAGAUGCUAAAAUUAACGCAGCUGGAGAAUACUUCUUGCUCCUCGAGAAUGGGGAACUUAGAAAAUACAAAACGGCAAGCGAUUGGGAGCCAUAAUCCCUGAGUGGAAUCUCAGAAUUCGGAUUGUCAAAAUCAGGCAAGUUGCAUCUUGUAUUUAACGAUGCAUCUAAGGUUGGCUCAUCAAAUGCAUUUGUCAAUUCAGAGAUAGGACAGUACAAGGCUUACAGAUAGAAUCAAGCUACCAGCAUUGAGGUAGAUGGUGAGGAUCCUAUUUUGGUGCUCAAUGAUAGACUUGUUGGCCUCGACAAGAGCUGUGUUAGCCAAGUUACUGCAGGAUAUGAUGGAAGUAUAUGGGCUCUCUCUUGUGAUGCAUAUAAUGGUGCAUCAUAAGACAAAAACUUACUUAAGUGGGACAAGAAGUCCACUUAGUGGUCAAAGGUUAACGGAGCAUUCGGAAGCAAAGUUGCUGCUCUGAAUGAGAAAUCUGUUGUGUUGGUAAGAGAAGACAACUCUGUUUUUAUCAUGAAAAAUGGAUUCACACAGACUGCUGCAAAGCCAGUCACCUCACUAAUUAAGACUGGAAUGUUCUCUGGAAGUGGAAUUCUUUCAGAUGCAAGCUUAAUUAAAUUUGGUUUGGAGGAGGAACACUUCACUUAGACCAGACUUUGCUACAGAGCUUCCUAAGAUGGAUUCAAUGGUGAUCUCUUUGUGAACUAAUGCCGUGACAAGGGUCCAUCAGUAACCAUUGUAAAGACUAAAAAGGGAAAGAUAUUCGGUGGAUAUAAUCCAUUAUCAUGGUCAUAAGUUGCUGCUGAUGAACCUACUCCAAAUGCAUUCAUAUUCUUUUAAAACAGAAAUCUUAUUGUUCAUCCUAAAAAGCCCAACCAAUGUGCUGUUGAAAAUACUAAUGCAGGACCUAAAUUUGGACCAGAUCUAUUCGUUGAUCUUAGCUAUCCUAACUCUCAAGCAUCACGAUUUGGUUUCAUAUUUGAUGGAAUUAAUUACUUGUCAGUAGAUGCUACAAAAUUCCUAGCAGAUGAAGUGGAUUAUCAAUUGGCAGAUGUGGAGAUCUACCUACUUUCUUGA